AUGGAGCAGCCUGUGUGGUCCGCUGAUGUGGUCAUUGAGAAGUUGGAUGGUGAGAAGAGCAAGUUGGAUGAGACCACGAAGAAUUGUGUGCACGAGAUUGUGCGUCCUGCGAGCUGGGAAGUAAAGGUGGUAGGUGAGUACGAGCCUGCACGCAAGUUUGCUUACCCCCUAGACCCGUUUCAGAAGACAGCCAUCGACUGCAUUGAGAUGAAUGAGUCGGUGUUGGUGGCGGCGCAUACGUCUGCUGGUAAGACGACGGUUGCGGAGUACGCGAUUGCGUUGGCACUGAAAAACAAAAGUCGCGUCAUCUACACAGCACCCAUUAAGGCUCUGAGUAACCAGAAGUUCCGGGAUCUACAAGAACAGUUUCAGGACGUAGGAUUGAUGACGGGCGACGUCACAUUGAACCCUAACGCCUCGGUCAUCAUCAUGACUACGGAGAUUCUACGUUCGAUUUUAUAUCGAGGGUCAGAAUUAGUGCGGGAAGUUAAAUGGGUAAUUUUCGACGAAAUCCACUACAUGCGGGAUCGCGAUCGUGGCGUCAUUUGGGAGGAGACCAUUGUACUACUACCCGACAGCGUACGGCAGGUUUUUCUAUCCGCGACGGUGCCCAACACACUUGAGUUUGCUGAGUGGAUUUGCCGCACAAAACACCAACCAUGCCACGUUGUGAGCACCAGUUUCCGACCCACGCCCCUGCAACAUUAUCUCUUCCCGGCUGGCGGUGAAGGGCUCAGUUUGGUUAUGAACGAGCACCGGCAGUAUCAAGAAGACAACUACAGACACGUGCUGCAACAACUCUCGAACGAUCGUGGUGCUAGUAGCUCACGGAACAAGAAAAGGCGCGUUGGUGGAGACGACCUGGAACGCAUCCUGCUCAUGUGCAACGAGAAGAACUUUACCCCCGUGAUUGUCUUUGCCUUCAGCAAAAAGGAGGUCGAGGAGAACGCGAGCGUCAUUUCUUCGCUCGACCUGACCACAGAACAAGAGAAACGAGACAUUCAAAAGAUCUACGACUCCGCCGUUUCCACCCUCAGCGAACAAGACAGAGACCUGCCGCAGGUGACUGGCAUCCUGCCUCAUCUCCUCAAGGGCAUCGGCAUCCACCACGGCGGCCUGUUGCCAAUGGUGAAAGAAGUAAUUGAGAUUCUCUUCCAAGAACUCCUCAUCAAGGUCCUUUUCUCCACGGAAACGUUCAGUAUGGGUAUCAACAUGCCGGCGAGAACCGUGGUCUUUACCGGCCUUCACAAGUUCGAUGGCCAAGAAAAGCGCAUGAUCAGUCCCGGCGAGUACAUCCAAAUGUCCGGACGCGCGGGACGUCGCGGCAUCGAUACCAAGGGGUACUCCAUUGUUAUCGUGCAGAGUCUGCCCGGCGGAGCGGACCAGGGCACUGCCAGCGGUGGGAGCGACGAGCUCCGACAACUCUUCACGGGCGAGGCCUUUCGGCUAGAUUCGAACUUCUAUAUGAAGUAUAAUACCAUCCUCAACCUAUUCCGCGUUGAGGGCGCCAGUCCUGAGUACAUGAUCAAGCGUUCCUUCCUGCAAUUCCAAACCAAGAGGAACACUAUCACUCUCGAAGAGGACCUCCGGAAGAUGCAGAACGAACUCGACGAAAAUUCGAUCGAUGCUUUAAUGCACAGGCUCUACCACUACCUCGGCAAGUCUGUUGCCUUAUUGGAUACAGCGUCAUUGGAUACAGCGUCAUUGGAUACAGCGUCGUUGGAAGUGUGUCGACGGCCGAUUCCGGAUUUAUCUACUGCGGAGUUCGCGUCAUUGUUGAAGUGCAGUUGCGCGGAUUCAAGUGCCUGGCGUCAGUUGCUGCCCGAGAAGCUGAGGGAGGAAGAUGACGACACCGUGGAAUGUGCCGUGGUAGACUACACGGACUAUUGCAAUGCAUGGCGGAAGCACCGGUUGGGUAUAGCGGCAGCAAUGCACGCGAGUUCGACAACUGUGUUGCAGUUUUUGACACGCGGUCGCGUGGUACGGAUAGUGGAGCGACAUGCGACGGACGCUCGGUUAGAUCGGCAGUGGGGGUACGGUGCAGUGGUGAAUAUUACGACGAAAAGGGUUCCACAUUCUCGUGAGCCGGAGCUAUUUCUGGACGUGGUAUUGCGGGUAGCGGAUAGUGCCACACGUGGCAGCGUGAUUACACUGAGCCAGAUGCAGCCUCAUCCGGCGGGUAACGUGGAACGCGUGAUCCUUUACGGCGCGCCUAAUCCCAUAGAUAAGACCAACCCGCAUUUCGAAACCUUCCGAGUUCCGCUCAAGGCGGUCGCGGACAUCACUAAACUACGCCUCAAACUCGACGAGUCCUCAGAAAAACAAAGUGAAGAGUUCCGUCUGCGCGUCGGCAUGAAGCUCCUGGGCUUGUUAUGUCGGCAGCCAGUCAUUGACUGUCUGCACCCUGUCGACGAAAUGGGCCUUGCCGUAAGCGAUACGCUCGCCGCAGCCGUCAAGGAAAUGGGCGAGUGCGAAAAGCAACUACGCCAUGCCAGCUUUUACGGCUGGCGCUGGACCGAAACUAUCGUCAGUGCCUACCAUUCUCGUAUCGAUGUAGCCAACCGUAUAAACAGUAUCCAGAGCCAAUUGCAGGCUGCACAACACCCGCGAAACACGGUUCAACUCAAAGCCAUGACCGAAGUGCUUCGGCGCCUUGAUUACAUCGACAAAGACGACGUUAUUACCUACAAAGGAAGAGCCUGCUGUGAUCUGUCCGCAGUGGACACCCUCAUCAUGGGUGAACUGCUCUUUAACUUCAAGGACAUGGUCGGCCUCUCCUCCGACUACCUCUGCGCCAUGAUGUCCUGUCUCGUGCAUGAAGAACCAGUCAAGACUGUGACGCAUCUGGACGACCCAAAACUGCAAACCGUCUACGACGAGGUACUCGCCACCGCACGGAAAAUUGCGGAAACCUCCGUCAAGUGCGGCAUCGAUAUCGACCCUCUCGCCUACGUCCAAAAAUUCACACCAGCUCUCAUGGUCCCCGCCCGAGACUGGGUCCGAAACCGGCCAUUCGGCGAAAUCAUGAGAGAACAUCCAGACCUCUACGAAGGCUCUGUCGUACGCUCCUUCAGACGAUUGGAAGAAGCGCUUCGGGAGUGCGCAGCCUGCGCACACGCUAUGGGCUCCGAAACCCUUGAAGAACUCUUCCUCGUCGCCAUCAAAAACCACCGCAAAGGAAUUGUCUUCCAAGCUUCACUCUAUCUAUAG